AUGCCUGACAACAUCAAAAACAACUCCCCCAGCACCUCAGCCCCAGACUCUAUCUCGCACGGCUGGGAGACCGUCAACAACGGCCAAACUACCACCGCCGCUUUCUCCUCCCCCUCUGAGUCCAAAGCUGAAUCUGACUCCGAAGGCCCCACUGUCGAAUACAUCGAAGAUAUCGUUGAGUACACUGGCGAUGGCGACGACGGAAAAGACGCCGUGAUCUCAGGCCCACUCGCUGAACGUCGCGUUUCUGAUGCUAUCACUACCACUCCCACGGCCGCGGCUGUUGCCGUUGCCUCCGAAGCUGUUACUGAGGAUGCUGAGACUGAGGCUGAAGAUUAUGAUGGCGACACGGAUGCGUAUGCGGCGUUGCAUUUCUGGAAGAGCGAGGCCGCGAGUGGUUAUCGUGGUGGCGCUGCUGGAAAGCGCCCUGGCGUGGAGGAGGGCAAGUACACUCAGGCCGGUUUGACGGCUGAGAAGGUGUUCGAGGCUAUGUUGAAGCGUAUACAGGAGAUGAUGGGGAUUCAUGAAGCUAGAUGGAAGGAAGAGUACGAUCUCGAACAGGACAAGAAAGAAGACGAGUACUGGAACAAGUACAUGGCCGGUAGCUCCAGCCCUGCCCUCGAGCCUGACUCCCCCGGCGUUGAGGACUCUGGUGCCCCCGCCCGUCGCCAACAGUACGUCCAGGCCCGUCAGAACCGCUUGAACUCUGUCCGUGAGGGUAACUCCAGUGCCAGUGCUACUACUAGUACCCCUAGCCUUCCCAUGCCGUCUCCCCCUCGUCAGACUCGUCAGAGCUCUAGUGCCACUAACGCUGGUAUCACCCUUCCUUUGUCCUCACCUGGCCGGUCCAAGCGCGAGACUUCUACCCGUGAUACCAGCGCCAGUAAGAUUGGCAUUGGCGUCUCGAUUCCCUUCCCAUCUCCCAUCACAUUCCCAGCUCGCGCGAAGACAUCAAAUAGCGAAGCCUACGGCAAAGCCCUCGCAUCCUUCGACGCCCUCUGCCAGAGCUUCGGCGACUGCGUCCAGCCUCAAGAACGCGAGAAUAUGCGCGCCGCCUCCAACGAGGCCAGCAGCUCUAAUGACGUCAACGUCAACAUCAACAUCAACAUUAACAUCAACGGUAACGGCAAAGGCAGCAGCAAUGCCACCAACGUCAACGGCGAUGUCAACGGCACUGGGACCGAGAACGACAAUGACAACGACUUCCCUUGUGACUCCACCCGCACCAACGAACCGGACCAGGAGUACGACGCUGACGGUGAAUCCUCUGACCCUCUUGCUCUCGACGCGAUGAUUCCCCACGAGCGCGCGAAUCCUAGUUCUCCUGAGUCUGAGGUUGAUAGUGGUUACGAGGAGGGUAACUGA